AUGAUAGAUCCUUUAAAAGAAAAGAAGCCAGUUAUUGUAUCACCGAACUUCGUUCCCUUAUCACAAAGAGAGCGUACUUCCGAAGAUCCCAUGAUGACCAGAAAUACAUCUCCGUUGGACUGUGUCAGUUCUUUUGUUCAAUCUUCAUUAGCGAACUCACCUAUAUUAAGAACAUCUACGAGUCCUACUGGAUCACAGACAAAGUCCAUCAUGAACGCAUCUGGUACCUCAGGCGCUGUGGUAACUAACUCCACAUCUUCGGUAAUGAAAAAGACUCCAAUGGUAACUUUUGAUGACCCAAAGGUCAAAAUUGCAGCACAAUCAACUUUCGAAAUUGAAAAUAAAGAAGCCACUCAACUAAGGGAUAUCAACACGAAGUUGGCAUCAGAGUUGGAGGCUUCAGCUUUUUCCAAUAUGUCUACUCCAACGUCUAUACUAUCACCAAAGUCUGAUAGUGUAGAUUCCAAGCUUGCCAAGGAUUUCAAGCAUAUUCAAUUAGAUGAGCCUUCAAAACCUUUUUUCGUAGCUGGUAAGACAAGAUCUCGCUCAAACAGUGGGACAUAUAGUAGCAACGGUACUUCUAGUGGGUCAGUUGGUACUGGUGAAAAUAUCAACACGUUGGAAUCUGUCUUAGAGGGAAUUUCAACUUCGAACACUGUUGCUCCAAAUAUUCCAAGAAGGGAAAAUGUAAAAAAUAUUGAUCCUAGAUUGCCACAGGAUGAUGGUAAACUACACGUUUUAUUCGGUGCUACAGGUUCUAUGUCUGUAUUCAAGAUCAGGAUAAUGAUUAAAAAAUUGGAAGAAAUUUAUGGUAAGGAUAAAAUUUCCAUUCAAGUGAUUUUAACACAGUCAGCGACACAAUUUUUUGCUAAGAGAUACCUAAAAAAGAUUGCUAAUAACACUAAUCUCAUAAAUAUCAACAGUAAUAAUAGUAGCGGCAAUCUAGCUGAAGUGAAUCUAAGUAGAAUAAAUUCCGACAUCUCAUUGAUUUCAGCGGCAUCAUCGACACAAACGAGAGUGAAUGGUACUAUUGAACUUCAGUCCCCUGUAACUCCCAUUGAAUUUCCAUCACAUAUUAGAGUUUGGACAGACCAAGAUGAAUGGGAUACGUGGCACAACAGAACAGAUCCUGUAUUGCAUAUUGAAUUACGUAGGUGGGCAGAUAUAUUGGUGGUAGCUCCGCUAACAGCCAAUACAUUGUCUAAGAUCACGUUGGGUCUUUGUGAUAAUUUACUGACAAGUGUCAUCAGGGCAUGGAACCCUAUGUUUCCUAUUUUCCUUGCACCUUCUAUGGUAUCGUCAACUUAUAAUUCUAUAAUGACAAAGAAACAAUUGAAAAUAAUAGAAGAGGAAAUGCCCUGGAUAACGGUUUUCAAGCCAUCAGAAAAAGUUAUCGGAGUCAAUGGUGAUAUUGGUCUAGGUGGUAUGAUGGACAAGAAUGAAAUUAUAGACAAGAUUGUAAUAAAAUUAGGAGGAUAUCCCAAGGAUAAUGAAGAAGAAAUACCCGAUGAUGAUGAAGACGAGGAAGAGGAAGAGGAAGGCGACAAAACAGUCAGCGACGUUCUAGAUGAUGAUGAUGAUGACGAUGACGACGAUGACGAUGACGACGAUGAUGAUGAAGAAGAUGACGAUGGUGAAGAAAUGAAGGCAUUCCCAGAGACCACCACGACAUAG